GUAGCAGCCCUUGCUACACUACCAGAAACAUCUCAAAGGUGCUCUAAGUUAGAGAGAGGUCGAUUGUACCACCAGAUAUCUGUUGAAUUGCUCCUCCAAUGCCAAAGAUAUUCCGCUGAGGCCCGACCGGAAACAAGGAAGGAUAUUGACAAUAUAGAAGAUCGUAUGGAAAGACUAAACAUCAUUGCGUUUGAUCUCGAGCAAAAGAAUAAGAAAUCAAGCAAGUGGGACCCCCGCAAGAUAAUGAAUAUUUACUAUGAAAAUUGUAAAUUUGCCAAAGAAAGUCUUGAAGUUUUGAAUUUGGCGAAGGUAAGUGAUUGAAGCCUUGUGAGCACAUCGUUUAUAGUCAACUAGGCCACAUCAGAUGAGAUUAUGAGGACGAGAGCGCAAAGCAGUG